AUGAAGUGGGAUGAGAAACUUGUGAAUGAAUCAUAUGAAUGGGUUGAGAAGUCAAUUAUCUUCAAACAAUACAAGCUCUUUCCUUGGAAUUCUGCUUUCAAGAAUGGGCUUCUUCAAGUAGGAGUUCUUCCUUACAAUGGAUAUACUUUGGAUCAUUUGGAGGGCACCAAGAUCAGUGGCUCCAUUUUUGACAAGAACGGAAAGAGACAUUCGGCCGCAGAUCUUCUCCAGCAUGCAAAUCCAGAAAAUAUCGUAGUUCUUCUGAAUGCUACUGCCAGUAGAAUCCUCUUCACUUCGGUAUCAGGAAAGCUCAAGGCUAGUGGAGUGGAGUUCAAAAGCAAUGAUGUUGUCCUUCCUUAUCAAGUAUCACUUAACCAAUUGUCAACCAAUAGUGAGGUGAUUUUGUCAGCAGGAAGCAUAGGUAGCCCUCAACUUCUCCUCUUAAGUGGAAUUGGUCCAAAAGAACAACUUAAAAAAUUGAAUAUUACUAUUCUUUUAGAUUUACCUUUAGUAGGAAAAAAUGUUCAAGACAAUCCAAGUACAGGGUUCCUUGUAGAAUCCCCAAAACCACUUGAUUUUUCUUAUUCACAAGUAGUUGGCAUUCUAGAUGAUUCACAAGUAUACAUGGAGGGUGGUAGCUAUAUCCAACGAAAUAUUACAAGUAUACAACAUUUAGGUCUUGUAAGGGGUAAAGUGGCAUUUCCCAUAUCAAGGGGUGAUCUUUGGCUUAAAAGCAUAGACCCUCAAGAUAAUCCCUAUGUUCGCUACAACUACUAUUCACACCCUUUUGAUUUGAAAAAAUGUAUGUUUUGUGUGAAAAUUAUGAUUAAUCUAAGUAUGUCAUCUCCUAUUCAACAGUUUGCAUUUACUAAUAACAAACAUAUGAAAACACUUCAAUACAUUGGGACAAGCUUACCAAAUAAUCCACUAAACAAUUCUGCCUUGGCCAAGUAUUGUAAUGAUACACUAGAUACAUAUAACCAUUACCAUGGAGGAUGUCAAGUUGGUUUGGUAGUUGACAGAAGGUAUCAAGUUAAAGGUGUUGAUAAUCUAAGGGUUGUGGAUGGUUCAAUUUUUAAGGAUUCUCUUGGUACCAAUCCACAAGCCACUAUCCUCAUGCUUGGAAGGUAUAUGGGAAUUCAAAUCCUUCAAGAGCGUAACAAUCCAUGA